GCUUUACGGCCGCGGCCAGGAAGAUGUCCGAGCGGAGGAGAGGAGGAAGGGGUGGAGGCGGCGGCAACGGGAGCAACGAGGCGGCCGAAGGAGCGGCGGCGGCGGCGGGGGGAAGCGGGGCCGAGAUGCCGGCCAAGAAGCAGAAGCUGAGCAGCGACGAGAACAGCAACCCGGGGGACCUCUCCGGGGAUGAGAAUGAUGAUGCUGUCAGCAUAGAGAGUGGUACCAAUACAGAACGCCCGGAUACCCCCACAAACACGCCCAAUGCUCCAGGAAGAAAAAGCUGGGGGAAAGGCAAAUGGAAGUCAAAGAAAUGCAAAUAUUCAUUUAAAUGUGUAAACAGCUUAAAGGAAGAUCAUGGUCAGCCGUUGUUUGGGGUACAGUUUAACUGGCACAGCAAAGAAGGCGACCCCCUGGUAUUUGCCACUGUUGGCAGCAACAGAGUUACUCUCUAUGAAUGCCAUUCCCAAGGAGAAAUACGAUUAUUACAAUCCUAUGUGGAUGCUGAUGCAGAUGAAAACUUUUACACUUGUGCGUGGACCUAUGAUAGCAACACAAGCCAUCCCCUUCUGGCUGUGGCUGGAUCCAGAGGCAUUAUUAGGAUAAUUAACCCUAUCACAAUGCAGUGCAUCAAGCACUAUGUGGGCCAUGGCAAUGCAAUCAACGAACUGAAAUUUCACCCCAGGGAUCCGAAUCUUCUUUUGUCUGUAAGCAAAGAUCAUGCACUAAGAUUAUGGAAUAUUCAGACAGACACUUUGGUGGCAAUAUUUGGAGGCGUUGAAGGGCACAGAGAUGAAGUUUUAAGUGCAGAUUAUGAUCUGCUUGGUGAGAAAAUCAUGUCUUGUGGCAUGGAUCACUCCCUGAAACUCUGGCGAAUCAAUUCAAAGAGAAUGAUAAAUGCAAUCAAGGAAUCCUAUGAAUACAAUCCCAACAAAACUAACAGGCCAUUUGUUUCUCAGAAAAUCCACUUUCCUGACUUCUCUACUAGAGACAUACAUAGAAAUUAUGUAGACUGUGUGCGAUGGCUUGGAGAUCUUAUACUCUCCAAGUCCUGUGAAAACGCCAUUGUAUGCUGGAAGCCUGGCAAAAUGGAAGACGACAUAGAUAAAAUUAAGCCCAGCGAGUCCAAUGUGACUAUUCUGGGUCGGUUUGACUAUAGUCAGUGUGAUAUUUGGUAUAUGAGGUUUUCGAUGGAUUUCUGGCAAAAGAUGCUGGCACUAGGUAAUCAAGUUGGCAAACUUUAUGUUUGGGAUUUAGAAGUAGAAGACCCCCAUAAGGCCAAGUGUACAACUCUUACUCAUCCGAAGUGUGCUGCUGCUAUUCGACAAACCAGCUUUAGCAGGGACAGUAGUAUCCUUAUAGCUGUAUGUGAUGAUGCCAGUAUCUGGCGCUGGGACAGGCUCCGAUAAGUGAUUUGCACUCCCUGAUUGUGAUACUGCUUUUUGUGCCAAGAUAGUGAACCUGCUAGUAUUGUAACUGCUUUGAGAGUAGUCCUCCCUUGCAUCUGUGAACUGUUUAGCAGUGUUUAUAUUUGGUUUGGUAUUGUCCUGUUCAAAAAUACCUGCUUUUUAAUAAAAAAAUAUUUUUGUAAA